AUGUUACGAAGAUUCUUCCUAAAGCAAACAACGAAUGGAAGCGCAGAGAACAUUAUCGAACUCAUGGAAUACGACAGGUGCCCCAAAGAAUCAGCGGGAAUCCGUGUUCACAACAGGAGAGAACCGCAAGGUCUAUCCUCUGAUGACUUGGCUCUGUAUUCCCUCGUGAUAGUAAUGGCAGUUCUCGCACUGUGUGCUUUCAUAGUUACAGGUGUCAUAUUGGCUAUGUUAGUUUGA